AUGGAUCACGAGCGCCAAUGGGGGAUAAAAUGCGCAGAGGAGGUCCAAACACCUCAGUCUCUCUCGAUCCUCUUCGUCAACCAUUCACUAACGUGCGCUCCUAUCAGUCUCUCUCUCUACCUGCCUACCAUGGCGAUCUCUGUCCAAUUCUCUCGUUUCUCUACCCGUACGGACCUCCCCUUGCCGGAGUCAAAGCUCUUCCGACGCCGGAUGCCUGUCUCCGUCCGAUGUUCCGGAGGAGAAGCUGCUUCGUCUUCAUCAGUGACCGUUGAUUCGGACUUCGAUCCUAAGGUGUUUCGGCAUAACUUGACGAGAAGCAAGAAUUACAAUCGCAAGGGGUUCGGACUCAAGGAAGAGACUUUAGAGCUCAUGAAUCGAGAGUACACCAGUGACAUCAUAAAAAAAUUGAAGGAGAAUGGGCAUGAGUACACAUGGGGAAAUGUUACUGUAAAACUCGCAGAAGCGUAUGGAUUUUGCUGGGGUGUGGAGCGCGCGGUCCAGAUUGCUUAUGAAGCCAGAAAACAGUUCCCUACAGAGAAGAUUUGGCUCACAAAUGAAAUUAUUCACAAUCCGACCGUUAAUAAGGUCCAUAAAUUUCCUUCCAAACACUGA